GAUUUAUAAACUCAAGCAUUUACAUAGUAAUAACAUCAAAUCUUCAAUGAACCGUAAAUGGUUAUUUCAGUAACUCAGCUUGACGGCAUGUUGGCCUAAUUAUGCUGCUGAAUCUUUUUUUGGUUGUAUUUUGGCAUGGGAGAAAAGUCUGGAGGUAGGUUUAGUGAUCAUUAUGGUGUUUUUAAUAAUUUUAAUAGUAAAAAUGGUUUAUUAGGAUCUUACGUUGUAGAUUUUUUGCACUGUGAUUUGCUUUGUUGUUGUCUUUGAAGGGACUUGGUUGAUUGGAACUUAUCCUUUAGUAUCAGGUUUGCCUACAUAAUGUCUUCGGAGAGCAUAUGUAUAGUGGUUGAUGAUUAGUGGACAUUGCAGGAUUCUAUUUUAGUUUGUUCUUGGUGAUAUUCAUGCUUCCAAAUAAAUAUAUCUUUUUACUUGUAGGUAAAGUGGGCGUGUUCUAUUAUGAUCUCUGAAUUAAGAGGAAGUAAAGGGGAAAUUUAAGUCUUAUGCUCUUGCCAACUUCUGAUUUGCGACUUUCAUUUAUUGGGGAUGAUGGUCAGACAGAGAGGCUGUUUACCUUAAGUAGCAAAUCCCAGUGUGCUGCUGUUGCAAUUGAUGACAUCCCAGCAGACGGUUCUGGACGAUCCUUCCUUGUGAAGGUGCCUGAUGGCCAAGUGUUUCACUACUGGUGCUCAGAGAAAUCAAAGCUUUUGGGCAUUGAAUUGCUCUUAAAGAUGAAGGAUUUAAUCAAGAGGAAACCAUGUAUUGCUGAAUUAACUGGAAUCAGUGAGUCACGACUUGGCUGCUUUGCAACUCAGCUUCGUGCUUAUCUUGUGGGAACAGCAGUGAGUAUCACCCAGGCAAGUAGUUCAAGUUCUCCAUCGUCUUCCCCUGAGACUGCUUCUGACACUGCAGAUGUGCAAGCUGGACAAUCUUCAUCUGUAUCAUCAAAAUCUUUGAGAUCCCGGCAUUCUAGCAAUCAGGCAAUCAAGGCUAAUUCCCUUUAUCAGGGUAGCCUGAGUCCUAGAACGAGUUCUUUCAAAGAGGGACCAUCCAAAAAUUCAUCAUCCUUGAGAAGUGCCGCGAGGGAGAAGUUACGGAAGCGUGGGGAAAGCCAUCUUUCAGUAUCUGAUAACCUUACCAUUGCUUGUUCCGUUACUACUGAUUCAUGUAGUUGCAAUCAAGCUGAAAAUAACAAGCCUCCAGAUGUUAAGAGUUGUCCUCUCACACCAAAUUUUUUGGAAUCGCUGGGGAAACUAGCUGUACCACCAACUCUUGGUCUUGCAUCUCAAGUUCCCUCCAUAGCACCACCGCUUUUUUCUCCUUACUACUGUUGGUGUCCCCCAGUGUCAUCUAGCCUGCAGCACUCAACUGCCCUACCUGAAUUUCCCACCUCAGUUGACUCAUUUCCACUUCCUCCACUUUCUUCUAUAUUGCCAAUUAACAGUACUCCUAGUUUGUUGAAACCCACACCAUCUAUUGAUCUGACCCAUGCUCACCCAUUGGAUUUCCCAGCAUUACUGCCCGAUCCAUUGGUCUGCUUGCCAACAGCAAGUUCACAGCAGAUUCCAACCUUUAUCCCUUUGAUGUGUGAUCCAAUUGUUCAUAUUCCAGUUAUUGAUGUCUGCUCCUCAGGCCAAGGUUACCUGGUGAGUGCUGGUCCCACCAUUUCAACCACCAUUCCUCCCUUGCACCCUAAACUUGUUAAUCCUUUGCUUCCCGAAACUGAUUCUGUGGUGGAAAAUAGUGCAAGAGAAACUCUGCGAUUGCUUAUCAGUACCUCAAGCCAGACAAGCCCUCCAUUAAUAGAUGUACUGCCUGCAGUCCUGACCAGUGCUGAUGAGAAAAAGGGUAUUAUUGUUGCUGGAAGCCGAGGUCUGUACUGUGGGACAAGAGAUGUUAGUGCUAUUGCUGAUGGCAUUGCUGCUGUGGGUUUGGUCACACUCUCUGGGUGCUCAUUGGGAACAACUCUUAUCCAGAAACGUAACAGCCUGGACAAUCCUGAUACACAGCCAGUUGAAUCUUCUGGUGCUGAUGGAUCUAGUUCAGACAGCGAGGCAUCUCAACAGUCAAACGUGAGUGGAGAGUAGAAACUGUUGAUGUGAUUUUUCAUGUUUCUCAUUUUUAGAUUGCUUUGGCCUCUCCUGAAAAUUGUAGAUAUGUUUCUGCAGUUUUGUCAUUUUGAAUUGUAAUUAGUGAACAUGCCGUUGCAUUGAGCCAAUUGUUCUUGAGCUGAUAUAUGAGAGUAUAAGAAUGUGAAUGUGUUUCUAACGGUAUCAGUUUCUUUGAAUGAUUUCGAUCUCGAUCGAAUAAAGCGCCUCGAUUUCGAAGGUUUUGAAUUUGUCAACCAUUAACUAUACCUGCAUGGGUUAAUGGUAGAAGGGAAAAACUGGCUCACUUCCAAGAAAUUUAUUCGUAAGCAGUUGCUCAAUGGUGGGUAUUGUUGUUGUUUGCCUCCUGGGGGAACUUUAUGCCCUUUUCUGGUGAUGUAUUGUGUAUGGGAUGCUUUUUCCGUGCAAAUUAUUGAAGAAAACAAAAUGCUACAAUAAUAGAACACAAUACACAAUCAGAUUUUUA